GUUGGUCACGAUCUGACAUAAGCAUAGUUGUGUUUGACACACCUGUGAAAACUCGUGUUUAUUAUUCGCUCAUAGCUACAACACAUACAAUCAUGAACGUAAACGUCGUCGCUGUGGGCCCUAAACCUAGCCAGGUCACCUGCCCAUCGUGUCGAGCCACGAUAGUGACUAGAGUGGACCAUAAGGCGACAACUAAGACACACGUUAUUGCCUUAAUUCUUUGCCUAUUCUUGUGUUGGCCAUGCGUUUGUGUACCGUACUGUAUGGACUCCUGUCAAAACGCUGAUCAUUACUGCCCUAACUGUAACUCUUACCUGGGCACUUAUCAGCAGUAA